AUGGAUCAGUUCCGGAAACUGCUCUAUCUGUAUCUGAAAACACCUGAGGAUCUUUUUGUUUCGGCGCAACUGAACGAUCCGAAUUCCAUUCGCUCACCUGCUGUGCCAGUGCACCCAAACACUCUCCGGAAAGGCUUCAGUCGGAAAGGUAUACCGCAAGUGUUUGUCACAGACAACGGAUCUCAAUUCAGUGCCACGGAGAUGAAAGCUUGGCUCGAUAGCAUUCGAUGUCGACAUUUCCGUACAGCCCCAAUACAUCCCGGUUCUAAUGGUCAAACUGAGAAUCCUGUGAAAACAGUCAAGAGUGCACUGGCGUCCGCGAAUCCGAAAUUAAUUACGGACUUGGAGGCGUUUCUGGACAACUUCCUACUGCAACACCGAAACGCGACACAUGCGAAUACCAAGGAAAGACCGGCAAAGAUAUUUUAA